GCAGUUCCUUGAAUUCUAUGGCUUGGCGUCCGUUGUGACGUCAUCUGUGUGCGCCUGAUGCGAAGGAAGAAGGAAGGAAGGAGGCCCAGUGGGCCGGAGGAGUUGCGAAGAUCUCCCCUCACGGGGAGGGCGCGGCGGCGGCGGCGGCGGCGAAGAAGUUGGGCGGAGGUGGCGGCCGGCGACAGAUAUGCGGCACUGCCGGCCCGCUCCCGCGUGCAACUGAGCAGAAAAUAGAAAUUUAGAGCGUCCCCUCCCACUCGCUGCAUGCCUUGAGGCAUCCACUGCCCCAGGGCAAAUACCUGGAGAUUCUUCUCUUGGCAGAUUGCUCGUAUUCUGAACUGCUUUCUCAACAUCUGGAAUAACUCACCAUGGCUCCUAAAGAUAUAAUGACUAAUUCUCAUGCCAAGUCCAUUCUCAAUGCAAUGAACUCUCUGCGAAAAAGUAAUACACUUUGUGAUGUGACCCUGCGUGUGGAACAGAAAGACUUUCCAGCUCAUCGUAUUGUGUUAGCUGCUUGCAGUGACUACUUCUGUGCUAUGUUCACCAGUGAGCUUUCAGAGAAGGAUAAACCUUAUGUGGACAUUCAAGGGCUAACUGCCUCGACUAUGGAAAUUUUGCUGGACUUUGUUUAUACAGAGACUGUUCAUGUGACAGUGGAAAACGUUCAGGAGUUGCUCCCAGCAGCCUGUCUGCUUCAGCUGAAAGGAGUGAAACAGGCUUGCUGUGAGUUCCUGGAAAGUCAACUGGAUCCAUCCAACUGUUUGGGAAUCCGAGAUUUUGCUGAAACACACAAUUGUGUUGACUUAAUGCAAGCAGCUGAGGUCUUCAGCCAAAAGCACUUUCCAGAUGUUGUUCAACAUGAAGAGUUUAUUCUUCUAAGCCAAGAGGAAGUAGAAAAGCUAAUCAAAUGUGAUGAAAUUCAGGUAGAUUCUGAAGAGCCGGUCUUUGAGGCAGUCAUUAAUUGGGUGAAGCACUCAAAGAAGGAACGUGAAGCCUCCCUACCAGAGCUUUUGCAAUAUGUGCGCAUGCCACUUCUCACUCCCCGUUAUAUCACUGAUGUCAUAGACACUGAGCCUUUUAUUCGAUGUAGUCUGCAGUGCAGGGAUCUUGUAGAUGAAGCUAAGAAGUUUCAUCUUAGGCCAGAGCUUCGGAGCCAAAUGCAGGGCCCCAGGACCAGAGCACGUUUGGGUGCCAAUGAGGUUCUGUUAGUAAUCGGGGGCUUCGGAAGUCAGCAGUCACCAAUCGAUGUGGUAGAGAAGUAUGACCCAAAGACACAGGAGUGGAGUUUCUUACCAAGUAUCAGCCGUAAAAGACGCUACGUUGCCACUGUUUCCUUGCAUGAUCGGAUAUACGUAAUAGGUGGUUAUGAUGGUCGUUCUCGUCUCAGUUCUGUAGAGUGCUUGGAUUAUACCUCUGAUGAAGAUAGUAUAUGGUACUCUGUGGCUCCCAUGAAUGUUCGACGGGGCCUAGCAGGAGCAACCACUCUGGGAGACAUGAUCUAUGUUUCUGGAGGUUUUGAUGGAAGUCGACGCCAUACAAGUAUGGAAAGAUAUGAUCCUAACAUUGAUCAGUGGAGUAUGUUGGGAGAUAUGCAGACAGCACGAGAAGGAGCCGGAUUGGUUGUUGCUAAUAAUGUUAUCUACUGUCUUGGUGGUUAUGAUGGUCUGAACAUUUUAAAUUCUGUGGAGCGAUAUGAUCCUCACACUGGGCAUUGGACAAAUGUCACUCCAAUGGCCACUAAACGCUCAGGAGCUGGCGUAGCCUUGCUGAAUGAUCAUAUUUAUGUGGUUGGAGGGUUUGAUGGAACAGCACAUCUCUCCUCUGUGGAAGCUUAUAAUAUUCGCACAGAUUCUUGGACAACAGUGACCAGCAUGACAACCCCCCGCUGUUAUGUGGGUGCAACAGUGCUGAGGGGAAGGCUUUACGCCAUAGCAGGGUAUGAUGGGAAUUCACUCCUGAGCAGUAUUGAAUGCUAUGACCCUAUCAUUGACAGCUGGGAAGUGGUGACAUCACUGGGGACCCAACGUUGUGAUGCUGGGGUUUGUGUGUUGCGGGAGAAAUGACAUUUUAAGGAGAAGCCUUGAAAGAGCACUUCUGUGGAUCAGAGAGUUGUGACAGAAAGCACCAACUUUGGAGUUCCUGGGCGUGUGGCUAUGGAUGCAGUGAUUUUCAGCGCCAGCCCUGUGCUGCACAUCCUCCAGCUCACCAUUAAAACUACUGAUUCCAGUUUGGAAAUGAAAGAUCCCAACAAAACCAUACAAGUCAUUUUGAACUGAAAACAGAGAAGUAACAUGCUCAUAUAUGCUACCACCGUAAAAGUGAGUUUUUGGAACAACAAGGAUGUCUGCUGAAUGGCUGAAAUUAAGCAGCUUAUCUUGGUCAUCUGCAAAAUAUCAACAUGCACAAGAAAAUGUAAGCAUGAGUCUAAGGGUUGGCUUGUGCCUAAAUAUUUCCAUGUACCUAACCUGCUGAAGUGCAGACAUACUAUAGGUUAACAUCAUGUCUUUUUGAAGUUUGGCAGAAUCUUGUGGUUGAUGCUUACGAGAAGAUCCAGCCAGAGUAAAUCAGACAACUGCAAGAGUAUGUUAGUUUAAGGAAUCUGACCUUAAUGACUAAGGAGAGGAAAGUGGAAAUUAUUGCCAAUUGCAAUAAUCAGUAUGUCUGCUAGGAAGGAGGGCAGGCAGCAAGAGAAUAUUGCAUCUUAUGUUUUCUGACAGAGUCAGGAUACCAGUGUUUCUCUUCUCAUCCCCCACGUCCAGAAGAGCACAUUUUGAUACUUUGAAUGAAAACAUGUUUGUAGUUUACAUCAGCCUCCUAGGGUAGAAGUUCUUACUGUUAGCAGUGCAGUAAUAUGUCUUGAUGGUGUGUUCUUGGGAGCCUGGCUGUAACAACAGGAUGCAGACAUAUGUUUUUAAGGAGUACAUCUGUCCAGGGUCCUUUUCAGGCUGGACGUGCUGUUACAGUACAGUUAGUCCUCAUGGAUUUCAGAGCACCUUUUAACCCUACACAGACACCUCUAAGUCUGCACUAUAAAUAAGGUUGAAGCAAUGCAAUUCCUGUAAAGAAUGCAAUUCUUUACAGCAAUUGCAUUCUAUAUAUCCAGCAUGUGUAGUGUCAGAACAAGUUGAGUUUCACUUCAUCAUCUCUGCUUUUCAAAAUAUUGAAUAUUGCACUCUGGUUUUAGCACUAACAUCCAGAUUAGGAGCAUGAGAAGUUUUAUAUCCUUAAGAACAUGCAAAUGUUGCCAACAUACUGUAGCUUUUCCUGCCGACUCAUCUCUCCGGAAGCAGUUACAGUAAAGAUUUUGAACAUCUAUCAUGUGAACUGGAGCUCUUAAAUUUUGUUCGUGACAUUUUGUAGUUACAUUUAGGAUUCCCUUUUUUCCUGCCAAUUCAAUAACUCUUUGAUGUGUAAUGCAUUGUUAUUAAAUAUGUGAAUAUUAAGUCGCAUUGCUGAAAUGGACACUUGAGCCUGUGGAUAAUUCAGCUCCAUCUCUCAAUUAUGUGCCGGAAACUUUCAGCAUGACCCUGGAGCUCUUUCCCAUGAACUACUGAGCCUCUUCCUGUGUUGCCCAAUCAGGAACCAAGGGGUGAAUGUAUUUAUUUUCUUGGGUGCUGUUGACUCCUUGCUUUGGGGAUACUGUAGCAUGGGAUAAUGAUGCACUUUCAAACAACACUGAGUUUAAAAGUCUGUCUUUUCACACCAGUGUUUGUGAUCCAUUUCUUUUGUAUUUUUUAAUAAAAGUAUAAAAAUACCA